ACAACUUUUCUAAGCUGUAAACUGUUCUAACAAGUAAAAUAGGAAAUCUGAAAUUCAACUUCAGAGAAGAGCAAAAAUGGCGAAAUCGAGUGCGGAUGAUGAGGAGUUGAGGAGAGCUUGUGAGGCGGCGUUAGAAAGUACUAAGCAGAAGAUCGUGAUGUCAAUCAGAGUUGCUAAGAGUCGUGGGAUCUGGGGGAAAACUGGAAAAUUGGGUCGUAGUCAUACUGCUAAACCCAGAGUUAUCGCCAUUUCAACAAAAGCAAAAGGUCAACGAACUAAAGCUUUUCUCCAUGUGUUAAAAUAUUCCACUGGAGGAGUUCUUGAGCCUGCAAAAUUAUACAAGCUUAAGCAUCUGUCGAAGGUGGAGGUUGUAACUAAUGAUCCAAGUGGUUGUACAUUUAUGCUGGGAUUUGAUAAUCUCAGAAGUCAAAGUGUCGCUCCUCCUCAGUGGACAAUGCGUAAUGUUGAUGAUAGGAACCGUGUAUUGCUUUGGAUUUUAAACAUCUGUAAAGAUGUUUUGGGUCGUCUCCCCAAGGUUGUUGGCAUUGAUGUGGUGGAGAUGGCUCUUUGGGCAAAGGAAAAUACUCCAACAUUUACCAAACAACAUACUAAUCUCCAAGAUGGGCCUGUCAGUGCUGCUGUGGAAGAACGUGAGAUGAAAGUAACUGUUGAAAGGGAACUUGUGUCUCAAGCAGAGGAAGAAGACAUGGAGGCUCUUUUAGGCACUUAUGUAAUGGGAAUUGGUGAAGCUGAGGCAUUCUCAGAGCGGUUAAAGCGAGAGGUUCAAGCUCUGGAAGCUGCGAAUGUGCAUGCCAUUUUGGAGAACGAGCCAUUAAUUGAUGAGGUCUUGCAGGGGCUUGAAGCAGCCACCAGCUGUGUUGAAGAUAUGGACGAAUGGUUGGGCAUCUUCAACUUAAAGCUAAGACACAUGAGAGAAGACAUUGAAUCGAUAGAGAGCCGCAACAACAAGCUGGAAAUGCAAUCAGUUAACAACAAAGCAUUGAUUGAGGAACUUGAUAAGCUUCUUGAGAGAUUGCGUAUACCCUCUGAGUAUGCAGCAUCUUUAACAGGUGGUUCAUUUGACGAGGCAAGAAUGCUUCAAAACAUUGAGGCAUGCGAGUGGUUAACUAAUGCUUUACGUGGUCUUGAAGCUCCUAAUUUGGAUCCUAGCUAUGCAAACAUGAGAGCUGUAAAGGAGAAACGAGCAGAGCUUGACAAGUUAAAAACGACAUUUGUUCGAAGAGCAUCUGAAUUCUUGAGAAACUAUUUUACCAGUUUGGUGGAUUUUAUGAUAAGUGAUAAGAGUUAUUUUUCUCAGCGUGGACAAUUGAAGAGGCCCGACCAUGCUGAUCUGAGAUACAAGUGCAGGACAUAUGCUCGUCUUUUGCAACAUCUGAAGAGUCUUGACAAGAAUUGCUUGGGCUCCUUAAGAAAAGCUUAUUGUACAUCCCUUAAUUUGCUUUUGCGCCGGGAGGCUCGUGAGUUCGCAAAUGAGCUUCGUGCCAGUACAAAGGCGUCAAGAAAUCCAACUGUAUGGCUUGAAGGUUCAGUGGGUUCGAAUCAAAAUGUGAAUAGUGCAGACACUUCAACAGUUUCGGAUGCAUAUGCUAAAAUGCUGACAAUAUUUAUCCCUCUACUUGUGGAUGAGAGUUCUUUCUUUGCUCACUUUAUGUGCUUUGAAGUUCCUGCACUCGUUCCACCAGGAGGUCUUGCUAAUGGCAAUAAAAGUGCUCAUGAUGAGGAUGAUGCAAACUAUGAUGAUUUGGGUAUUAUGGAUAUUGAUGAGAAUGACAACAAAGCUGGUAAAAACACUGGUGAGCUAGAGGCACUGAACGAAUCACUUCAUGAUUUACUUGAUGGAAUACAAGAAGACUUCUAUGCGGUGGUGGAUUGGGCAUACAAGAUUGAUCCUUUGCGCUGUAUAUCAAUGCAUGGAAUAACAGAACGUUAUAUUUCAGGUCAGAAGGCUGAUGCUGCAGGAUUUGUGCGCAUCUUGCUUGAUGACUUGGAAUCUAGAAUUUCAACGCAGUUUAGUCGGUUUGUUGACGAAGCAUGUCAUCAAAUUGAAAGAAAUGAGCGAAAUGUUCGGCAGUUGGGAGUCUUGUCAUAUAUACCAAGAUUUGCCACGCUUGCAACCCGUAUGGAGCAGUAUAUCCAAGGACAAUCAAGGGAUUUGGUUGACCAGGCGUACGCUAAGUUUGUCACUACAAUGUUCCUUACUUUGGAUAAAAUUGCUAAAGCAGACCUAAAAUAUGAAGACAUUAUGCUUUUAGAAAACUAUGCAGCAUUUCAGAAUAGUCUUUAUGACCUGGCUAAUAUGGUGCCAACAUUAGCAAAAUUCUAUCAUGAAGCCAGUGAAUCUUAUGAACAAGCUUGCACACGCCAUAUCAAUGUGAUUAUAUUCUAUCAAUUUGAGCGACUUUUUCAGUUUGUUCGAAGAAUCGAGGAUUUGAUGUACACAAUCCCGCCUGAAGAGAUUCCAUUCCAACUUGGGCUGUCAAAGAUGGAUCUGCGGAAGGUGGUAAAAUCCAGUUUAUCUGGGGUGGAUAAGUCCAUUAGUGCAAUGUAUAAGAAAUUGCAGAAGAACUUAACCUCAGAGGAGUUGCUGCCUUCAUUAUGGGAUAAAUGCAAGAAAGAGUUCUUGGACAAGUACGAAAGUUUUGCUCAGCUUGUAGCCAAGAUAUACCCCAGCGAGAGCGUCCCAUCUGUGUCAGAAAUGCGCGAUCUUUUGGCAUCCAUGUAAAGAAGCUUUUUGUGAGUUCGAUUCUAGUUUUAGUUGUUAGGAAAAGUGUGUUGUAGAGUAUGUCUUCUGUCGUCUAUUUGUUUUCUGUAGAGCAUUUGCCUUUA